AUGUCUGGCAUUAUUCAGAGAUUAGGUUUCAUCAUACGCGAAACUGGGCAAGCUUUGGAUCGUCUUGGCUGCCGCUUGCAGGGCAACAAUGCGUUUCUGGAAGAUGUCUUUCAGCACCGGACGGUGAUGAGUUUGGGUGGCAAGAAAGCCAGCAUUGGGGAUGGGGCAUUUGUUGCACCCAGUGCAGCUGUGAUAGGUGAUGUCACCUUAGGGAAGAGGUCUUCCAUCUGGUAUGGAACAGUGUUGAGAGGCGAUGAGGGCGCAAUCACAAUUGGGGACAACACAAACUUGCAGGACAAUGUUUCUGUACGGACCAGCAAAGCCUUCCUGGGAGGCCAUGCUGGCGCCACCAGCAUUGGCAACAGCGUGACAGUGGGUCACAGCGUCUUGCUGGACACUGUGACCAUUGAGGAUGAGGCACUCAUCGGCAUGGGUGCCACACUGCUUGAAGGGGUGAAGGUUGAGAAGGGGGCCCAGGUUGCAGCAGGGGCGGUUGUGUCUCCAGGCACAGUGAUUCCAUCUGGGGAGCUUUGGGGUGGGAAUCCAGCGAAGCUGCUGAGGCCUUUGAAGCCAGAGGAGGCUGCGUUCAUCAGCAAGAGUGCACAAACAUAUGCUGAGCUUGGGGCUAAACACUUGAAAGAAACAAGCAUUGGCCACUGA